AUGGGUGCCCACGCCAGCAAUUUUCCUGACAAUCAAGCUCUCAUUGAUAGCUUGAAAGAAACUUCAGAAGUUCCAUCACAUGUAGAGCGUGUUUUUCGUCUCGUAGAUCGUGGGUUUUAUUCCGUUGAUCCCAACGAGAGAAUUUAUAGCGACUCCGCCUGGCGGGCUGAAAGGUUACAUCUUUCGUCUCCAGGAAUUUAUAUCACAGUUCUGUGCGAACUAGACAUUCGUCCCGGUCAAUCGGUCCUCAAUAUCGGAAGCGGAACCGGCUACUUAAGCACUAUAUUUGGGCUGCUUCUAGGUUCGGAUAGUGGCGAUCCUGAUUUACUAAACUUCCUCCGUUCGUCUGAGCUAAACAUUGAGUCUCCGCCGGUUGUUAGAAGUGGCAGCAGCGAGACCUCCACACUCGAGUACUGGCCCACCUACGACAGGAUUUAUGUCGGUUCCGAAAUAUCUUCACGAGGUCAACUUGAGGCAAUUCUUAGAUUGCUGAAAGUUGGUGGACGCCUUAUUGCUCCAGUGUAUGACCAGGUGAGCUGA